CGAACAUUUAUUCAACGCCCUCAAGAAUUUCACAUUAUUCGUGGACCAUUUCUUGAACUCGCUUAUGAAAAUGGCAUUGCGCCCUCUUUCGAACCUUUUGAUCCUAACUUAUACAUGCCAAAGGUUUUAUCUAUAUUUGACGAAAUUUGGAAAACUCAUUAUGAUGAAUCCUUGAAUAAAUCAAAACGAGUAUUUUGUAAAGAACAUUCAGUUUGUUUUUUAAGGUUUACAUUGGGAACUACCAUUUUAUCAAGUCCACACUUUUUAGAGAUGACACACACAUUUUUAAUCCGUAAUCCUGAAAAGUCGGUAAAAUCUUUAUAUAAAGCAAAACAAUUCUUAUCUAAAGCAAAUACUGAAUUUUCUGCCAAAGGCUUCGAUAAAAAUUCAGUAGGAUUGGAAGAAUCCAAACAGAUUUUUGAUUUGCUAAAAGAUUUAAAUAAACAACUUAUUGUUGUGGAUGCUGAUGAUUUGGUUAACGAUCCAGAAAGAAUUUUAAAGAAAUAUUGUGAAUUAAUUGGAGAGGAAUUUAAAGAAGAAAUGACUCAUUGGGAAGCAAAACCUGUUAAAGAGUGGGGCGAUGCAAAUGCUGGAGAUGGGAUUUCAAAAUUUAUGAUCCAUAAUGCGGAAAAUAGUACUGGCUUUAAUAAAUUUACUGAUAAACAUGAUGCUGAAAUUGAAUUUCCACAAAUUGUCUAUGAUACUAUUGAAGAAAAUAAACC